AGGCAUUAUCGGCUAGUUCAUUGUGGAGACAAGAUCAUCGUCGUGCGGACUCUCGUCGUCCCGGCGUCUCAAAAUGCAGUCCUUCUGCUCGUUUCUGCUGCUGCUUGCGGUCACGCUCGCCACCGCGGAGGUCUACUUCGAGGAGAAGUUUCUCGACGAUUCGUGGGAGAAGAAUUGGGUUUACUCUGAGCACCCUGGUAAAGAGUUUGGAAAGUUCGUUUUAAGUCAUGGCAAGUUCUGGAACGAUCCAGAGAAUGAUAAAGGUAUCCAAACAUCUCAGGAUGCCAGAUUCUAUGCUAUCAGUAGGAAGUUCGAUCCAUUCAGCAACAAGGACAAGCCCCUUGUGGUCCAGUUCAGUGUGAAGCAUGAACAGAACAUUGACUGCGGCGGCGGAUACGUCAAAGUAUUCGACUGCUCGUUGGAACAGAAAGACAUGCACGGAGAGAGUCCAUACCAAAUUAUGUUCGGACCCGACAUCUGCGGACCCGGAACAAAGAAGGUCCACGUGAUCUUCAGCUACAAAGGCAAGAACUUGUUGAUCAACAAAGACAUCCGCUGCAAGGACGAUGUCUACACUCAUCUGUACACUCUGAUCGUCAAGCCCGAUAACACGUAUCAGGUUCUCAUCGACAACGAAGAAGUUGAGUCUGGCGAGUUGGAGGCAGACUGGGACUUCCUGCCGCCCAAGAAGAUCAAGGAUCCAUCCAAGAGCAAGCCCAAGGACUGGGACGACAGGCCCACUAUUCCUGACCCUGAUGACCAGAAGCCUGACGACUGGGAUCAACCAGAACACAUUCCUGACCCUGAGGCCACCAAACCUGAAGACUGGGAUGAUGAGAUGGAUGGAGAGUGGGAGGCUUCUCUGAUCAACAACCCCGAGUACAAGGGCGCCUGGAAACCGAAACAAAUCGAUAACCCUAACUACAAGGGACCGUGGAUCCACCCGGAAAUGGACAACCCUGCCUACACCCCUGAUCCGGAACUGUACAAGAGGGACGAGAUCUGCGCCCUUGGUUUCGACCUCUGGCAGGUGAGGUCUGGAACCAUCUUCGACAACGUUCUCAUCACGGACGACCCUGAUGUCGCUCGCAAGUUCGGCGAGGAAGUUUGGAAGCCCACUAUCGAGGGUGAAAAGAAGAUGAAGGAAGCUCAGGAUGCGGAAGAUUUGAAACAGAGAGAAAAGGAAGUGAAGGAGAGCGAGGAGAACAAGGAUGACGAUGAGGACGAGGACGCCGAUGAGGAGGAUAAUAGCGUCCCAGACGUGGAAGAGCAUGACGAAUUGUAAACGAAUUUGUCGUGAACGACACGAACACAGACUGUAUUCCAGGAGCUGUGUGGCCGCGACACGCACCAACAUUUUCCAAACGUGUAAACGUCACAAUAAGAAGAAAGAUCAUUUCUAUGAAUUGGGAGGAAUGAAUUAACUCGUGCAAGUUGGUGGACAAAUUUUUCAACAGUGAAAGGCAAUCCCUUCUCUCGCCACCCCUGUAACGAUAUUUUAGUCUAACCAUGGCCUUGUCUUUGCAGCCUAAACUGAGAAAAAGCAAAAGAAAACACUUUUCGUACCCUAGGCUUGAAUCUUCAGUACCGCGUGUUUAUUACGAUGCGUACUUAAAGCAGUGAGACAAAAAUCGUCAGAGUGUAACCUCGCGUUUGAUGCGUUACCGAAGGUACGCUGCAAUAUCGGAAAUAUUCGUCUACCCCUCCCCCGCUAUAUAUAAAUAUAUAUAUAAUAUAUACAUACAUAUAUAAUAUAUAUGUAUUAUAUUAAAAAGAAAGAAAAGAAAUAGAGUCAUCUUGCCCCAACCGUGUCCCCCCAUGGCACAGCUCCACAAAAGACUCUAAGUUGUUCCGUUUUUGUUUGUCAAGUGUUUUUAUAUACAAUAAAAAAAAAAGAAUAAUUGAGAUGUAAUUUAAACGACGCUGUAUUAUAUAUAUAUAUAUUAUAUAUUACUUCAAUUUCCGUACAGUGUACGCGUAUUAAGAAAAGAAAAGAAGUUCGCUCCAGUUUAAAAGAUUAAAAAAAUGUGGUAACAGUGUGACUGAGAGAGAUGUGUGCGGACCGAGUGAUUCAGAAAAAUAAUUGGUAUGAUACAUGUAUCGAAAGCAACCAAUAAACAAUGUAAUAAAUAAGACUUUUCUAGACGUG